GAGCAUAAAAGGCCCAGGCUGGGGGCGGCCGCCUUACAGGCCCGCACACUCUUGACAGGAUGGCUUCUCGUCGUCUGCUCCUCCUUUGCCUCGCUGGACUGGUACUUGUGUCAGAGGCUGGCCUUGCGGGCUCUGGUGGAUCCAAGUGCCCCCUGAUGGUCAAAGUCCUAGACGCUGUCCGAGGCAGCCCUGCUGUCAACGUUGGCGUGAAAGUGUUCAAAAAGGCUGCUGAUGAGAGCUGGGAGCUCUUCGCCUCCGGGAAAACCAAGGAACUUGGAGAGCUCCACGGGCUCACAACUGCUGAGAAAUUUGUGGAAGGGGUGUACAAAGUAGAAUUAGACACCAAGUCGUACUGGAAGUCACUCGGCAUUUCUCCAUUCCAUGAAUAUGCAGAGGUGGUGUUCACAGCAAACGACUCUGGCUUCCGCCACUACACCAUUGCAGCCCUGCUCAGCCCCUACUCCUACUCCACCACAGCCCUUGUCAGCAACCCGGAAGAAUGAGGGACCCCUCCUUGGGUGGAUUUGAAGGAGAAAGGACAGGGUUUUUGUAACCAGUAGUAUUCCAUUUUUAUUAAAGCAGUGUUUUCACUUUAUAAGCUAUGCUAGAAACUUGAGCAGAGACAAUAAAACAUUCCUAUUAAAGCAA